AUGGAGGUACCGGACCAGGGACACUCGCUCUUCCUCCUCGACGACCCGUCGAAGCGUGCAUUUAUCUCUAUCGACGGCAAACCCGUUCCCGUCUUCUUGACUCGUCAGGAGGGACAGCGCCGCGUCACGGGAAGCAUCAAGGGUGUGCCGGGGCAGACGUUCCAUGUCGCUUUCUGGGAUGGCAGGAAGAAAAGCUCGAAAUAUGGGCGGAACGUCGAAUUGUUCUUCGGGGAGCAGUGGAUUGGUGGUUGGUACGCUUCGAACAAGCAGAUUUGCACGGAAGGUGCGAGCGACGACAUCAACCGCUUCGACCGCUGGGAAAAGAAGGCUGGACGUCCGUUCCAGUUCGCCAAGCUUCCCACUACCGACGAUUCUGCGGUCGCCUGCUCCGAUACGAGCAAGAUCAACGAGCUCAAUUGCAUCAGGGUCGUUUACAAGGGCAUCAAGGGCAUCAAGAAGAGGAAGAAGGAGAAGAAGCGCGUGCAAGCGUCGAAGGCUAAGGAGGAAGACCCGCUUCGCGAACAGCAGUCAGUCUGGAAGGAGCUCGGUGCGGUCAACGAGCGCUCCGACAAGGGACAGUUCGGUCUCACUCCGUCCUUCGGCGCCCGUCUCGACGGCGGCACUUCGACACCAGUUGCGCAGGUGGAGACCGCAGAGCCCGAGUACGAGACCACCUACACGUACGUCGCCGACACGGACAUCGAAUUCGUUUUCUACAUUCGCUCCUCCGCUUGGAUCGACAGGCAGAUUAACGCCGAGCCCGGCCAGAAGGCGGUCAUGCCGAAAGGAGCGGUCGCUGCCGACGGUGCGAUCUACCUCGACCACGACGAAGAAGAGGUCGAAAAGGACGUCCAGCUCGCCAAGAGCCGCCCUGCGAAGCGUCCCAAGACGUCGCACGCGGCUGGCGACGACUCGCACCUUCCCGCCGACGGAGACACCUUCUUCCGCGAGGCCACCUCGUUCAGCGAGACGGACGACGAUAGCGACGACGACGACCUUUCGCCGCAGCAACUCGCUCGUACGCUCCACCAGAACCCGCAGCUCUACGCGCUCAUCAAGGCUGCCGCGAAGGGCGGAACCGUCACUCUCCCUCCACCCACUCCUGAGCUCGCUUCCUCGACUUUCGCCGGUCACUCGGCGUCCGGCAUCGCCAUCACGCAGCGCCGCAGCGCCGACGAGCAGCAGAACGAAUUUGAGGCGGACGAAGAGGGUCCCGUCGCCGGAGGAAGCGGUGUCGGCGCAGCGGGCGCUACGCAGGUCGGCGAGGAGUGGCGCGGCGGCGUCUAG